AUGACGAUCGGAACAUUUACUUGUGUAGAGACAUCAUGCUCGUCAGCCCAACAGAGCGCCGUAGCACGAGAGGAAAAUUCACAUGACUACUCUGCUUUCAAGAAGAAGUAUAAGCUCGGUCCUGAACUAGGCCGGGGAGGAUUUGGAACAGUCUAUUCUGGGUUUCGAGUAUCUGAUGGUCUCCCAGUUGCAAUCAAAUUUAUUGCUAGGUGCAAUGUCACAGACUGGAAGAAGAAGUCAGACAUCAGUGCAAUUCCAAUGGAGAUUGCUUUGUUGACUGAAUGUGUUGGAAUUGGUGGCGUUAUACAGAUGUACGACUGGUAUGAACGACCCGAUGGUUAUUUGAUUGUUAUGGAACGUCCUUUUCCUUGCCAAGAUCUUUUUGAUUAUAUUUCUGACAAUGGUCCUUUGAGCGAAACGAUAGCAAAGAAUUUUUUUAGACAGGUUGUCGACACUGUGAUUGCUUGUGACAAAGCUGGAGUUCUUCAUCGAGACAUAAAGGAUGAAAAUCUCAUCAUUAAUCUGAAAAGUGGUCAGUUAAAAUUAAUUGACUUUGGUUCUGGAGCUUACAAGAAGCCCGCUGGCGAAUUGUACACGGAUUUUGAAGGCACUAGAGUGUAUAGUCCACCUGAGUGGAUUAUUUCUUCUGAAUAUGAAGGGGCAAAGGCAGCAGUGUGGUCGUUAGGGAUACUUUUGUAUGAUAUGGUAUGUGGUGACAUUCCGUUCCAUCGGGAUCAGGACAUUGUAAAGCCGUCACCAAUGAUGUGGAGAACGAAGUUGACGAGAGGCUGCCAGCACUUGAUUCAGAAGUGUCUCACUUUUGACUCGUCGAAACGUUUUACAUUGGAGGAUAUCAAGAACCACAAUUGGAUGCGGGAAUCUCCAUCUCGUUCAUUGUCGCCGGCAGAACUCUGUUCUGAGCGUUACUCGAGCGUUCCAGCCCAAUUGCAGACCCAGGCCGUUCAGCAUCCAGCUCUUCAUCAUAUAGUUGAACUUCCUGGUGUCAGUGAAGACAAUUUGUUGGCAACUUUUGAGGAAGCUGUAGAGGCAGUAGAGGAGCCGGAACCUCCAGCAGAGUUGUCCAAGUCGUGUCCAUCAGCGACGUCAAUUAGAAACGGGAGCAAUUCUUGUUGUAAAGUUCUGGACAAUACAUGUCGUUUUAUUGUUGGCAAUUCUGCUAGCUCGUGUUCAGUGUUUUCGAGCAGUUCAAGUUCUGGCACAUUCAGUUUGUGCACUAGUUCAGGUUACGAUACUGCUUCUUCGCCGCCAACCGCAACUUUUAUCUUGGGAAGUGACGAUUGA